AUGUGGGGAUUAAUUGAAGAUAAACUUCUAGUUGUUUUUGCCCUACAUAUUGAAUGCUACAAGGGUGCAUUGGUGAAUAUGGUUUUAAACAGCAUCCAUGUUGCUUUUGUUCUUUACCUGGCUCUUCUAGGGGCAAUGUUUUCCGUGAGGGCUAAAAAGCUAAAUGUUAUUGCUGGCGCGCCUGUCGUACUUCACUGUCUAAAUAACACUGACACGAUAACUGCAUCCAAAGUGACCUGGAAAUAUAAUGGAAAACUUCUGCUACAGAUAAUGAAAGGCCAAGUAUAUAGAGGUGAAAAGUCUGUAACAUGCAUAUUGAAGGAUGAGAAGACUUUUUCUCUAGAACUGCCAAAAGCAGAACCAGGAAAAUAUUCCUGUGAUGUAAAUGGAAAGCAGGUGGCUACUUAUGAUAUUGAAGUGUGGAAAGUUACUGGAUCUAAACGCGGAUACCUCCUGCAAGGCGACACUUUAAAGCUGCAUCUGUCUCCUUUCAAAGAUACCAGGAUUGAAUGGUUUGAACCCCACAAGGCCAAAGUAACAGACAAAGAGCCACGAUGGAAACUGCAAAAGGAUGGCUUACAGAUAUCAAACCUUACAGUUCAGGAGGACCAUGGGAUAUGGGAAUGUCACAUCUCUCAUUAUAAGCUUACGCUCUUCUACAAUGUCAAGGUAUUAGGUUUUUCCAAUCGAUUGGAUGAAUUCAGGUUUGCCGCUAUCAACAGCAACAUCCUCCUUUCCUGUCCUUUGAAUAUUGACCUGCAGGAAAAAAGAGACUGGGAGAUUCCAAAAGUCCAGUCUUGGAAAUGGCUUAAGAAUAAUGUUGUCGUGAAGGAGCAUAACAUAAGCAACAUCAAUAGCUCUUUCUCCAUCAAACAACUAUCCAAUGUCCAUUCUGAAGAUGCUGGAAAGUACCAAUGCCAUCUUGGAUUUAAACAUAAAAAUUUGAGCAAAACCAUCAACCUGAUAGUUAUGAAAGUCUCUGCUGUCCCUCCCACGCUCAGAUCCAAAGAAGACAACGUGACCCUUUGUGGUCAUAUCAGUCCUUCUGCUCCUCCACUGACUGAAUUGUGCUGGGUUUAUGUAAACGAGUCUUCGAAUGAAACCAAAUGUGGCUCUCCCAUUUCAGAUAAUAAAUUCUGUCACGUAGCUACAACUGAAGGGCUCUGGAGGUGUGAUCUCAAAGUGAACAACAAUGUGAAAAUCAGUAUUGACUAUAUUCUGGGAAAGACCUUAAAUGAGACUACUUUAGAGAAUAGAUUCUCACUGAUCAAAAUAGCCUCGGGGAUUGGCGCAAUGCUCCUGCUGUUAAUUCUUGUUGGUGUCUGUGUACCUACUUGUAAACGUAUUAAGCAGAAACAGCAACGAGCCAAGAGGAUGGCACAAAUUAAGCAGCAUUUGCUUGCCAAGAGGACAUGCCAGUGUCAGAGUGUGGAGCUUGCAGAAAAUAUUGACCAAAAAGGGUUCACCCUAAUUGUUUCUAAGUUGUCUAAUAGCCGACUGCUGUUUGAACUGAUCUGCAGUUCUGUUGUCCACUGCAGCUACUUCAGAACUGAGUCCUCACCAAGAGGUGCCAUGUCCAGCUGGGAAACAGAAACGGAAAUUAAUUGGUCAAAGACACUUUUGGAGUUGAUCCCAACAUCUUGGUCUCUGGAGGAAGAUUCCCGAGGAGCAUCUGCAAGGGGGUCAGGCACAUCAGCUGGCACCAUUGGGAGUUCCCCUGCUGUGCCAUGGCCAAGUCAAAAACAGCAUCUGCAGCAGUCCUUCACACCCCUAGCAGCCGCUCUGCGCCAAAGAUCAGUGUAG